CUUUACCUCGGAACGUUCACAACUCACGAUAAUGCUCGGCAUAGUUGGGGACACUGAACUUUUGCCGCACUCCCGUCAUCUUGUCGGCCAGUUGCUCAUACUUUGAAAGCUAUAAAGGGCUCAAGACUUAUCAUUCCAAUAAACAAAUCACUUUCUAUCAUGCAUCCUCAAUCAAGAUUCUUCUACCGCUUCUCGCAGUCCUGGAAUCAUCCUGGAAUGGACUAUGGAUUUUCGCGUAGACACUGGCAUCGCCGCCCAUCUCGUUUGUUAUGGUUCACCAUCGGAGCUGCUUCUGCUACUUGGUAUAUAAUGCGCCACGAUGCAGAGCAAAGCGAUAAAGCCAAUUAUUGGAAGAACUGUUAUCGUCCUCCUGUUCAACAACCGCGGCCUCAGAACAAUGGUGAUUUCAGCAGGGUGUUAGGGGACCCAUUACCAACAGUCCCAGGUAAUGACUCUGGCGCGCCACCUUCACCUUCACCAUACCCUUAUUCGCAUCCUCAUCAUCACUCUCAUUGGGGCUGGGGGUUUGCGAAAGAACGAUCUUUUCAAUAUCCUCCCUCUCCUCCUCCUCCUCCUCCUCCUCCUCCUCCUCCUCCUCCUCCUUCUGCUGCUCAUCCACCCAACGGCCCCGCGAACCUGAGAAAUUAUGGCCAGGCCCCAUCGGAUUCUGCUCUUCCUACAGUGCCCACAGAAUCCCUAUCAGGCCCGGCAUCAACUCCCGGAGCCGAACUUGCACCCACACCCACCCCCACACCCGUGGCUGCUGCGAUUCAUACACAGACCGUUCCCUGGGGCUUCGAGUCAAGUUACGAACAUCAGAAGAAAGAAUGGGAGCAGGAGCGAGAGAAGCUAUUAGCUAAAGCUCAGGACACGAUGGUUCAAUUGUCAGAGUCCACCCUCGAUUCGCUUUCUAGUACAGUCGAAGCGCUGAAGGCUAAACUCGCUGAACAUCGUGUCAAACGCGAAGAGCAGCAGAAGCUCAUCGAUAAAGAGCUGGAAGAGCAAAAGAAGAAACCCGUCCGUUAUGUAUAA